UUUGUUUCACUAGAUGAGGAGUAAAGCAAGGAGCUCCAAAAAAAAUAAAAGAAAGAAAAAAUCUCUUGUACUUUAAGUGUGGGCAUGUUGAAAAUGUAACAUCUUUAUGUACUUUCAAGCCAAGCCAUAUAGUGGACAAAACACUUCAUUUCCAAAACUAAUCUGCAUGUAUAAAUUAUAACCCAUUGUUUCAUUGGAUUUUAUACAAAUCAAUCAAAACCAAUCUAGAAAAACAACCAAAACAGUCCCCCCCCCCUCGUAAAAAAACAUGGAUAAAUUCUUCAAGCUUUCUUUUCUUGGUUUCUUGAUGGCGUCUUAUACAGUUGCAGGAAACAUGCUGCACGACAACAUUGCCAUGUUUGAUGAGCUAGAAAGCAUGGACAUAGAAGAUGACACUGAUUUCAAAAGCCUAAACAUAGAAGAUGACAAUGAUUUCGACUUCUUUGAUAUCCCUUCGUGGACAAGCGAACGUGGUGGUAAGGUUCUUGUGAAUGUAGAUAGCUUUGGUGCUGUUGGAGAUGGAGUUUCUGAUGAUACUCAGGCUUUCCAAAAAGCAUGGGAUACUGCCUGCUCUACACCGAACGCAGUUCUUUUGGUUCCUGAGGAUCGCCGUUAUCUUGUCAAUGCAACAAAAUUUCAAGGGCCAUGUGCUGAAAAGUUAGUUAUCCAGAUUGAUGGAACAAUUGUGGCACCAGAUGAACCGAAAAACUGGAAUCCAAAGUUUGCGCGACAAUGGCUUGAUUUCUCAAAACUGGAGGGAGUCCUAUUCCAAGGCCAUGGAGUUAUUGAUGGCUCAGGUAGCAAAUGGUGGGCAGCAUCCUGCAAAAAAAACAAGACAAAUCCAUGCAAAGGGGCACCAACAGCAUUGACUAUAGAUUCAAGCACAGCUAUAAAGGUAAAAGGCCUCACCAUACAGAACGGCCAACAGAUGAAUUUUAUCAUUUCUCGGUCCGAUUCUGUUCGAAUUAUUGGUGUACAAGUUACAGCUCCAGAAGACAGUCCCAACACUGAUGGAAUCCAUAUCACUCAAUCAACUAAUGUGGUUCUACAAGAAAGCAGAAUUGGAACAGGGGAUGAUUGUGUCUCAAUUGUCAAUGCCAGCUCCAACAUCAAGAUGAAGAGAAUCUAUUGCGGACCAGGACAUGGAAUAAGCAUUGGAAGUCUUGGAAAGGACAAUUCCAUAGGCAUAGUUACUCAAGUGGUAUUGGAUACAGCAGUCCUCAAGGAAACUACGAACGGUGUCAGGAUCAAGACUUGGCAGGGAGGUUCUGGCUAUGUUCAAGGUAUACGUUUCCAAAAUGUGAAGAUGAUAGAUGUAGCCAACCCCAUUAUUAUUGAUCAGUUCUACUGUGAUUCUCCAAAAAGUUGCGAAAACCAGACAUCAGCAGUGAACAUAAGCAAGAUUGUCUACAAGAAUAUAAUCGGAACUUCAAAGAGCGAAAAGGCCAUGAAAUUCGCUUGCAGUGACUCAGUCCCAUGCAGCAACAUAAUCCUGAGUAAUGUCAACUUAGAGAAGCCAGAUGGGACAGUGGAGACCUAUUGCAACUCUGCUCAAGGCUUUAAAUAUGGGACUAUUCACCCUUCAGCGGACUGCCUUAGCACUCAAGAUAACAAAAACAUUCAACCGACAAUUGAUCAGAAUGAUAUUGUCCACACUGAACUCUGACUAUUUGGCUUGCCUAUAGGCAUAUACAACAUAAAUAAUUGAUUGAUAUAUAACCAUACCAAAUAGGGUAAAGAAGCUGUAGAGUGAUCUCUAGUAAGGUUUCUUGGAUGAGGUUUGAGGUGUUAAAGCUAAAUUUUAUGGGAUAUUACGGAGGUAGUUUAUACAUAUACUGAAUUUUAAAUGUGUCUAAAUUAUAGAAGAUUGAAAGCAAAUGUAUCAGAACAUAUUAUUGACUUAAUGAAAUGGCUGAAUAUAUUUUCAUCUAGCCUUAUUGA